AUGCAGAUCAUCGGUCUGGUCCCAGACAAAGAAUGGCUGAACCACACCAACAACCUGGAACAGACACCUUUGCACCUGGCGGUGCUCACCAGGCAGGUUUCCAUAGUCCGAAGACUUUUGUGUGCGGGUGCUUCGGCAGAUGUGCGGGACCUGAAUGGAAACACACCGCUACAUAAUGCCUGCAGGCUGGGUUAUGAGGAUGUUGUACUGACACUGUUGAGACCUGUAGAGCACAAGGAGACCUUGCAAAAUCAAUACAAUGUCCCAUACCAGAGGCACAGUGUUCAAAUGGGUUUGCUUGUUCUAUUUUCAGGGUUGACCUGUCUUCACCUGGCAGCCAUAGGUGGCUAUAUUAACAUAAUGCAGCUGUUAUUGAACGGGAAAGCCAACAUCAAUGCAACCGAGGGGAAAAAUGGUCGAACAGUUCUUCAUUUCGCCGCAGACUGGGGAAACACCACAAUGGUGAAAUUUCUGCUGUCACAAAGGAAUAUCAACCUGAAUGUAAGGACAUAUGCAGGACUGACACCCAUGCUUUUGGCUGUGGGGCGGAGAAACUCUGAAAUUGUCAGUGAAUUACUCAACAGCGGUGCAGCGUAUGAAACUUUCUCACUAAACGAUGAUUCUGAGGAUGAUGAUGACUGUGAUGACAGAUUGGUAAGCAUUAUUUUUGUUUCCUUUUUCUUUUAA